AUGAACCCAGUGUGUGCUCUGCUCUGGUUCAGGACCACACCGGACAUGGCGGCCAUGCACUGGGAGGCCCGCAGGAGGCAGAGCGCCCUGGAGCGGAGAGAGGCGCACAAGCAGCAGCUGCUCCAGGAGGACAGGGCCCCGGCUGGCCCCCACCCAGAGACAGAGGCCGGCCCUUCAGUGAACGCAGAGGAGCAGUGUCCUCACUGUAAGAGCACUCUGACCACGACCGUGACCGGCAAGGUGCCCAACCGCUACUCUGUGAGUACUACUGCUUAG